AUGGCCAAAUCAAAGAAUCGCGGACCUAAGCCAAUGGCUGCCUCAUCUGCAGCAUCUUCACCUCAAACUACCUCAGCUUUAGGAAACAAUCCCUUCUUGGGCUAUAAGAUUCGCGUCCUACUUCACGAUCUUCGCAGCAUGUCAAAGGACCGCGCCUCAGAGCAAAGAACUCUAGCAACGACGGAUGCCCUGUACAUCAGCGGCCCAUACUUCACACCCGAGGAAGUUACAUGUGUUAAAAACGCUGUCAUCGACCAUGAAAUCCCGUCGAUAGAAGACAACGAAUACGGCGACAACGGCGAACAAGACGAUGAACCCAGCCGAUACAAAGCCGCAACCGGCAUCUCCCACCCAGCAACCGUGGAGACAGCCAUUCAUACCAGAAUGGCUCGCUUUCUAGACAAGCGCAAGGCAAGCGGCGAUGCACGACCAUGCGGCCCGCAUGACAUAGCGCCCUUAUACGAGGCCGUGUUUGGCAUACAGCAAGACGAAAUGCGCAACGAAAAAUUCCUGGCAAGGCUACAACGUCAGGGACUACCACGCAUUGAAGAUGGGCCGACCGCUGCAGGGUCAAAAUCUACGACGAAGCAACAAAAGGCCAGGAAAUGA